AUGGCUUUCAAUUGCAAGAUGGCAACCAAAUCCUCAUUAUCCGCUCACUUAAACUUGAACCAGGAGAUGAAAAGGGAACGCCGUGAGACAUUUGGGGGCUCCGACGGGUCAAUGGUGCCGGAAUAUUUCAUUUGGCCGGACGAGUUUAAGGGAUCGCAGUUGCUACCGGAGCUACAUGUUCCACAUAUUGACUUGAAUAAGUUUUUGAGUGGCGAUGAAAGUGAUGUCGAAGAGGCAACGAGGCUGGUGGAUGAGGCUUGUAGAGAACAUGGGUUCUUUGUAGUGGUGAACCAUGGAGUUGAUAUGGAAUUGAUGAAAGGUGUUCAUGAGUGUAUCGAUGAGUUCUUUACAAUGCCUUUGGAUGUGAAGCAGAGGGCUCAAAGGAAGGUAGGUGAGAAUUAUGGAUAUACUAAUAGCUUCUUUGGGAGAUUCGCAUCCAAGCUUCCAUGGAAGGAAACCUUUUCUCUUCGCUGUGUUGCUGCUCAAAACUCCUCCACUGCUCGUGACUAUGUUAUUGACACUUUAGGGUCAACAUUCUCCCAUCAUGGGAAGGUAUAUCAGGAGUGUGGGAAAGCAUUGAACGAUCUGGGCAUGAAGAUAUUGGAGAUUUUGGGGCUGAGCCUUGGCGUUUCAAGAGAAUACUUCAAGAAUUUCUAUGAGGACAACGAUUCAAUAUUGAGGCUUAAUUAUUACCCACCAUGCGAGAAGCCAGAGGUUGUGUUGGGAACUGGCCCUCACACUGAUCCCACCUCCGUCACAAUCCUUCACCAAGACCAUGUUAGUGGCCUUCAAGUGUGCGUUAAUGAUCAAUGGUAUUCAAUUCCUCCGACCCCAGAUUCCUUUGUCGUCAACAUCGGUGACACUUUCACGUCUCUCACAAAUGGGAUUUACAAGAGCUGCGUACACCGAGCUGUAGUGAAUUGCAAGGAAGCAAGAAAAUCAAUGGCCUUCUUUAUAUGUCCAGCGCAUGACAAAGUGGUGAGAGCACCGGAGGAAUUGGUGGAGAAGAACCCACCACGAAAGUAUCCAGAUUACACAUGGCCAAUGUUGCUUGAAAUGACCCAAAAACAUUACAGAGCUGAUUGCAACACUUUGGAAGCCUUCACAACUUGGAUUCAAAAGGAAAAGUUGUUGGACACUGGCUGCACUAUUACCCCGUCUGCUUAA